UUCUGGGAAGUGGGCGGAGUUUGUGGUGUGAAUAGGCAGGUGUUCAGAAACUUCCAAGCAGUAUGUACUUUGAGUGCUACAGCUCGUGCUAUCUGUAAUGUCCAGCGAUUAAGAGACUGAUCGGAAUUAAAUCAUUCACACGACUAAAUCUACUUGUCAACUUACAGAUUUUUGUGCUGACUUGGGAUAUGAAAUGGCUGCAGCUCUUUUGUAUUAGGCACAAGGAUGAUGCCUGCUCAGCACUGCUUACAAUAUAGGAUUUUUUCUCCAUUUAGCCAUUACAGUUUACAAUCCCUCAACUUUCCAGAAGAGAACGACGAGACUAUGGAUAAAAUCAGUACUAAGGACGCCAUUUGUGACUCAGACUCCACCGAUUCCCAACCCUUCCACACUGACAGUUGCAUGUCUGAGAAUGAAUCUUCUUUGAGUGCACAGGCUGACUUCACCGAUAUCUGCAGAGACAGAAAGACCAACUACAGACCUUACCAGCCCCCGCUAGGUCUACCCUCCGGCUACAGUCCCCAGACACCCUUUCCCAGUCAGACGGAAGUAUGUCUGAGCACCUUAGAGCCGCACAACGGAGACCUGCUCCACUCGAGUUCAUUGAGCAGCAGUUCGGUGGAAUACCCUAGUGGCAACCUUCCCUCUUGCUUGGUGUCUGGAAAUUACUGCAGUUAUCCUGGUGAUUCCUGCUACUCUUGCUCUCCAGACAGGCACAGUCUGGGAGAGGGGAGUUUAGAACAGCCACGUUCACUGCACUCUAUCCCAACUGCGUUUGCGCCUCACAGCUACUGCAUGCCCCCGCAACCCUGCGCGUCCCGUGGGCCACCCUGCUGUAGUCAGUAUCCUGUGGAUGUGUAUCAGAUGGAUCAUGGCUGUCAUUACAGACCACAUUACCACAUGCCCUGUUGGCCUUCGCGCCUUGAAAACAGCAGACAAUCAGCCUCAGAGUUCACUCACAGCGGCCACACCUCUCCUCACCCUCGAGCUAAACUAACCCCAAGCACAGCCCCUCUAUCCCUGGAGCAAAGGAAGGUGUUUGUUACUUAUGAAGCAGACAGCGAAAAACAUGUCAAAGAGAUCAUCAACUUUGUCGCCCUACUGAGACACAACGGCUUCUACACUCACAUUGACAUGUUUGAACAACAGUUCAAGAGCAUAAGCAAGAUUGACUUCAUGGAGAGAUACAUCAGCGAAAAAGACUAUCUGAUCAUCAUAGUCAUUAGUCCAAAGUACCACGAGACUGUGACCAAUGCCUCGUUUUACAUGGAAAACGAUGAAACACUGAACACUGUCUACAUACACAAGCAGUUACAAAAUGAAUUCAUUCAGAACGGGGCCAGGAAUUACAGAUUCAUCCCCAUUUUGUUUCCUGGUGCCAAGAAGUGCCACGUCCCUUCAUGGCUUCAAAGCACACAAAUCUUCACCUGGCCCAGGGACCGAGAUGACAUUCUUCGUCGACUCAUGCGUGUUGAGAAGUACAACCCUCCACCCAUUGGAGAGCUGCCCACCAUUGUCUCCAUCCCCAUUUAGUUGGUUAGUUUGCUAUGUAGACCCAUUAUAUGUCAGUUAUGAACAGGCCUGUGAUCCGUUGUAAGUUUAUUUGCCCCUCUGAACUACUAGACUGUUUAAUAUGCUAAAACCCCUGAAGUUGUAACCUUUUGUCGUUUAAUUAAUAUUUCACACAUCACGAUUGAUAGUUAGAAUGUGUCCCAACAUGUAGAAGAACUGUAUAAGUAUACUACAUAUGUAGCAGUUCAUCAGUUACAUUACUUUGAGUGUCAUUUUUGAAGUUUCAAAAAUUUGUAUAAACUGUGUGACAUUUUGCCAAAAUUUCACAGGCAAAAAAUAAGGUCCAUUGUCUAUUGUUAAUAGUGUAGAGAUGUAUGAAGCUAAGCAAACCAAGCAGUUUUCUAUUGGUCAACGCCAUCACACAAGGUACCUGAUCUUGUGAAAUCCUACUGAAAUGACUGGAUUUUGAAAAUUCGUAAACGGUGGUAAAUAUAACCACACCUUAAGACUUAAUUACAUUUUCUGUAACAAUAAGAAAAUUUGAUAACACUUUAUUUUAGUGUCAUUAUUACAUAUGUUACAUGUAGUUACUAUAGUAAUAACAAUAAAUUAUGCAGAAUUACAUGCAACUAACCCUAAACCAAACCAAACCAAACCCUAAUCCUAAACCUAUAGUAAGUACAUGUAGUUACUUAAUAUUACUCAGUACUUAAAUGUAUAACUACAGUGUAACAAAGAUACCUUAAAAUAAAGUGUAACUGAAAAUGUUUAA